AGUUGGAUAUUUCAGGUCCAGUUGGUGUUUUCGUAGCCAGUUUGUUCGUUGCUUAUUAAAGGGGCAAUAUUAACACCAAAUUAACGAAAGGCACUAUUGCGCUCCACAUUCAUUUAUUCAUUUUAACUUUCAUUUAGGAAUAGCCGGUUACGCCUCACCUGGCCAGUUUUAAUGGGGUAGCAUUAGCAUUAGCAUUUAAAAAGAACGCUAUGAGUUUGACGCUAGCAUGGUAACGUUAGCCAACAGACGCAAAUAUUAACCUUAAAAAGUCAGUUAACUUCGCGCAGACAUGGACCAGGAUAUUCGUCAGUAUCUAGCCAAGGCAAAGGAGCAUCGAGACUGUGAGGCUCUGCGGUCAGCCUACCGGUUAAUGAAGCACAAUGGUACAACAGCUGGAACCAGCGGACGAACUCCACGCGUGGCCUCGGAGUUGUACGUCGUCUGUGCGGAAGCAGCUCUACAGCUGGGUUGUUUGGAGAUAAGCACAGUGUGUCUAAAGAUGUACUUUGAAGGGAAUCCGUCGGCUAAUCAAUUUUUGUGUCGAGCUUACCUCUGCCAGGGCCAGCUGAAGUCUCCGCCGGCCACCGGGAGUCUGGAAGACUUUGAAGAGGCUGUGACAUAUUUUCUGAAAGCAAUUGAAAUUUCAAAGCAGGAACCAAGAUCCCACUUCGUGGUAUUUAAUGCCUCGGUACUGUACUUCCAGACAGCGCGUCCUUUCCUCCAGCCAGGGCGGUGCCACCACCUCACACCCACCCUCAAACAGGUGGUGCAAAGUCUGGAGGAGGUGGAGGACCAAGACCACAGCUGGAGGGCUGAACUCAUGAUGCACCUGAUGAAAUGCUUUGUGGACUCUGGAAAGAUUGAGGACGCUGGAAGUUUUGCCCAAGUUACAGAGGAUUUCGUCAAGUCACACACUCCACACCUUUAUCCAAGGCUUUUUACCUUACUGGUAAAACACAAGCUGUCAGAGAGUGAUGUCCUCCUUGAAACAAGCAGACAGAGUACUGCCUUGACUGUCAUUUACACAAUACAGGAAUUUAAAAACAGGUUGGCAGAAAUAAAUGAGAACAAGCUGACAAAAGAGGAUUCUGCCAAGCUUGAGGAGAUUUUCAGUCUCCUCGUGGAUUGUACCAAAUCGCUCGAUACCCCUGUGAACUCCUGCCCUCCACAGAGCCCAACGCCCAUCCAACCAUCCGACAGAGUUGCCUUCCUCCUGGAGUUGGCUCUGCUGGCCUUGCAAGUGAGGCAUCAGAAAAUAGCUGUGGACUGUUUGAAAGAGCUAAAGUCAUCAGGAGAGGCUAGUAUGGGGCAACGGAUAAUAAUGGAAUGUGUCAACUGUGAAAUUAACCUCCUGAAGAAAGGGGCCAAGAUGAAUGACUACUCCAAAGCCACUGUGGAGGCCCGCCUGAAGGAGGUAGGCAGGUUAGAUCAGUGGCUCCAAACAGCGACGAAAGAAGGGGGACCUCAGGCUGUGCAGGCGGUGUGUGCCACCCUGUGGAGUGUUUGCCUGCCCCUCUUGCAGCACAACCUCAGGAAACACAUCAGGACACCUCUUCUCAGGAUGGCCCAAGCACUGGAAGAUAUGCAAAGUGUGUUCCCAGAGAUGCGCUGUCAUAUCCACUCAGAACUGGCAGCGAUUGAAGAAGAGGAGGGUCACCUUGAAGCUUCUUUGACUCAUCUCCAGAAAGCCAUGCAGCUGGAUGGCGGGACGCAACGAGAGCGUCUGUCGUCAGCGCUCCACCUGCUGCAGCUCAGACGAGCCCGCUACCAAGUGCCGUCCCGGAACGAGGAUAAAGCCGCUAAGCUAAUGCAGCAGGCCAGGGACAUGCAGCCCCAAGAUAAGACAGAGCGUCGUCCCAUUCUGGUAACUGUGGGUCUACUUUUGGCUCCCGAUGACUUUCAGACGGUACUCGAUGCAGACGACACCUCAAAAAUUCCCGUAGGCAGCCUUGGAUCUGGACCAGCGGCUCAGCUUGCUGCUCAGGCUCAUCAUCACUCCACAUCUGCACAGAGGGUGGACGAACACCUGGCCAAACAAAGCAGUGACACAGACACCAUAGAGAGGAUGAAGUUGUGGGCAACGCUGGCAAAGACAGCCAGGAAGCAAGAAGUUUGGGACGUGUGCCGAGCUGCUUGUCGAUUUUGUUUGCUUUAUGAUGAUGGGAGAUGGAAGAUUUCCAAGGCUGAGAAAUGCAGAUGCUCGGAGGAGGAAACCUGUGCAGAGUGUCGUCGCAGUUUCACUGGGGGACAAACCUGUGCCCACCUGCUCCGCCUUCUCGCUGAAAUUCACUUUGUCAAUGCUGAGGCCACCGUCCAAAAGCUGCUUACAGAGGGAGCGCAGCUCAACAGACCUGCUGUUCCCCCACGGGACAGAGGGGUUUGUGUGUCUGAAGAAGAUCCACACUGGGUUGUGUACAGAGACUGGAUCCAGGCGCUGUCUACCUACGCCACCUCCAGCUUCUUGCGGGCAGGGGAGCUUGGAGCACGGAUCAAGGAGCCGUGGGUGGUUGCAAAUGCAGCCAUUUACCUGUGGAACCAUAAUAGCCACUUGCUGGCAGAGGGAGAAUACCAAUGCUUGCUUCCCACUUUCCAGAAGUUGGUUGACAUGUUCCAAAAGACAGAGUACAUAGGGGACUGUUCGCUGUUAGUGCUCCUGUGUGAUGCCGUGGCCCGGGGGCUGAUCCAGCCUCUGUCGGGACCAGACAGCGUUGAGCCUGCCCCUCAAGGAGACAAGGAGAAAAAGAGAGCUGAGAAGGGGAUGGAGAAAGCGAGCAGUGUCCAUGGGGUUUUCUUAGACCCAGCUGCCCUGCAAGAUGUCCGCAAAGCAUUAGAGCUGUGCAACUACGCCCUUCAUGUAUCCAGUUGCCACAUCCCAGGGGAGACCAUCCCCGUCGCAGCAAGAAAGCAGCUGUUGGCCACGUGGGUGAACAUCAAGAGACUCCUGCAACAGCAGAUUGACUCAAAGAUGGAGGAGCUCAGUGAUACGGGUGAGGACGUGUCGGUGACCACGCGUGUGCUGGUCGGGCUGGAGAUGCUCCGGAGCAAUAGGAACCCGAGGCAUAUGGAGUUCACUGUUCCCAACCUCUCCACACUGGUGAACAUGGCGUCUGAAUGCAGCUGGUACGACGCCGUGGUGGAGCUGCAGGUGUGGUGCCAGCUGGCUGCCUCCUGCCACUACGUCAAGGACCACAGCUUGGUGUUGAGCUGCACUGAGCGCGCUCUGCAGCUGGAAGAAGCAGCGGCAAAGAGCCUCCUCUCCAUGCCAUGUGUUCUGUACGGCAGCGCUGCCAUCAAUGAGAUGCUGAGCACCGCGGCCUGUCUGAGAGGUUUGAGUUUAAUCCACGAGUCCAGUGGAGAUCUAGAUGCUUACAGGGAAGCUAUGAAGAUGCUUCUGUCCAGUGUCAGCUUUGCAGAGAAAGCUGUCAGUCCAACACUGUGUGUAACAGCUGCCAGCCAUUUCUGGAACGCUUGUCUACCUCUGACACAGAGCCUGAAGGAAAGAUGGCAGCUACAGGAGCAUCUGGAGAAGAUCCUCAAUGCUCUGGCUCAUACCACUAAACAUGAAGAUAAACAGGCAAAAGCGAAGCUCGGGAGCUCUAAACACGGAGCAACAAAUGAAGAGGACCUGAGCAUCAGAGCAGCCUUUUACAUGUUGUUGCUCCACAUCUGCGUUGAUAAAGCAGACUUUGAAAGUGCUCUGCAGGUGCUUGACACAGCUAUGAGAGACAUGCCACGCUCCAGACACCGACUACCUCUGCUCAAAUACGGUAUCGUGGUAAAAGCUCGUCUGGGGGAAAGCGUGCAGCUGGACAUGCAGAAAUUACAAGAUGAAGGAGAGCGCUGCUGUUCCUGGAUGUGGCACAGAGUCGCGCUGUGUGAUGGAGAAAUAAGCCAACAGCUGACCUGCUAUCAGAAAGCCAUCAGCUCUCUCACGAGCACAGAGACUCAGCGGCAGAAAGUCAGCAUCCUGCUUGAAUUUGGAGCGUGGCUGCACUGUCACAACUUCCCCAAAGCAGAUGCCCAACAACAGGUUCAAUGGGCAAUCGACAUUCUUCUUCACUUGGAGGCUGGACGAGCAGACGGAGCAGAGGAUGUCCACGGCUUGUUAUUCAUACAGGAUGUGUCCAGUCUGAAGGAUGUGUGUAACCUUGACUACCUGAUACAAGCACACACUCUUCUCGCUGUCAUGGCUGAAAAGACUUCGCCCGAGCACCAGCUCAACCUGCUCAGAGCCUACACGUUUGUGCUCCAGACAUGGCAGGUUUCUAUGGCUGUGGCUUGUGAAAUUUCCAGAGAGAUGUCAAAAAGUCAGUCACUACAGUCUCCUCCCUCUACCGGAUCCAAAAAAGACAAGGAAAAGGGGAAGGGCAAAAAAGGGAAAGAUCCUACCCCGGCAGAAGAAAGACCCAAACCCGUCAUCUUGGAUCAUACACUUCCUUCCACCCCGAGGGACUGGGCGCGCUACACCUGUCCUGACCAGGCCAGGGAAAUAUUCCGAACCAACAACAAUCCCCACUGUAUCAAUACACACAGCAUCACAAAGCAGACACGAAGCCUGUUUUAUCUCAACCUGCUGGAAAAAGAACUGCAUUCGCUAUCACUUGACCACCUGACCCUGCCCAUUAUGCACCUAGCUGAGACCAUUGCUCAUGACCUCGUGGACAGGAGGAGCCUCUCUGACCUCUACCGACUUAGAAUUGUGAGGACCUGUGUUCACCUUGGUUUGGAGACACAUUCACCGUAUCAGGAGAAGCUUCUGACUCUAAGCAGAAUAAAAGAAGAAGAACAAAUGAGGUGCCGUGGAGCCAUAGCUCGUUCACAGGACAGGAGGAGACUUCACAAAGCUUCUAACCAGCAACCAGAGAUAAAUGAAACGAAUACUGAUGUGCGUGUUCAGGACAUUUGGCUGGACAAAGCGGAGGUUUGCCUCAGCAUGGGGCUCUAUCAGUCAGCCAGGCAGCUCAUGGCAGAGGCUCAUUUAGUUGCUACGGAGCUUGGAGAUCAGAACGCAGCAGCGAGAAGUUUGCUCAGUCUGGCCUCUCUGGCUUGUAAGGAGCAGAACUAUGCUCAGGCUCUGAUCCUGCUGGACAAAGCCCAAACCCUAGGUGGUGAUGAGGAGUUCUGGUACCAGCUCACUCUUACCAAGGUCACCACUGUAGUAGGCCAGAGAGACCGAGAUCCACAAACCAAGGUUGAUCGGAUUAUAAAACAAGGGUGUGGGGCUCUGAAGCUGGUUCUGGAGCAGCGGGUAAAUCGAGUCCCAGAGCUCACUUCAUUCAUCACCUCAUUAGAGAAGCGAGGUGCUGCAGAAUGUAUACGUGCUUGUGGUGGUGGAGAACCUGGAGAAAAGCUCAGCACCGAGGCUUUGCAGAGGCUAACGGCUGCAUGUGAUAAACUCACAGAGUGCGCCAGCACUUUCACCAAACUCAGCAGCUGGAAACGGGCGGCAGAGGCGCAUAGAGAGUGCGCACGCGGUCUGAGAAUCCUAGCCAGAAACAGUACUGACCGAGAGGAGAAACAGCGCUUCCUGCUUGAUGGCCUCUCCCAGAUGCAGCUCGCUGUCACAGUGCAGGAGCAUGUGGUGCUAAACGCUCAGCGUCUGCUGCCCCCACAGGAGGAGGGUUAUGGACUGUCACUGGCAGCCAUGCGGAGGCUCCUUUCCCUUCGGCUGGCCCUGGCAGAACUCUGUGUGGCCAUGCUUGAGGAGCACUGCGCUAAGGAGAUGCGCCAAGCUCUAGCCCGGGAGACGAAGACCUCGACCCAAAUAGCACUGGAGGAGUUCACGCGCUGCACACCCGAGCCCGACUCUACAGAACAGGAAUGGCUGAGUGUGAGCGGAACCUUGGGACAGAUGGCUCUGAGCCAGCUGGACGCAGUCAGCGCUCACUCACUGGACAACGCGGAGUCCAGAGCUCGCUGCCUGAGCCUAAUGGGAAAGUACCUGAGACUCGUAGCUGUCCUGGAGGAGCCCACUUAUUCGUGCGCUCUCUGGAACAGACAUAAGCAGAAUGAGGCCUGGUCUGAACCUAAAGCUCCUUUCACGGAGGACGGGUAUUCUGAGAAAGACAGCGAAUCAAGCCGAAAAGAGCCACGGACGACCUCUGCCAAAAGUUCUGAGCUGCAGCAGAGGAGGUUUAAGGUCCAGCAGUUGUUGUCACAGGCCAGUAAAGCACUGGCAGAGGCAGUUGGCUUGUGUCUCCAACACGGCCUGUCCGCCUCCAUCCUGGCCGAGGCCUCUCUGAACAUGUUGGAGUGUCACGGCCAGUCUGACCCUGCAGUGGCAGGUCAAUAUCUUGCCCUGUUUCAGAGCUGCUGCACGGUUUCUGUAAUGGCUGAGGCCCUAGGUUGCGUCUGUUCUGACACUGGUGUGUCCCAGCUCUCUGCUCUGCUCGGCAUCCGCAGGAACCUGCUCCUCUCUCAGGAGGAGAGGCCCAGCAGCGUGCUGACGGGAGUGGAGGACUUCCUCAACAAGCUCUGCAAGGCCUUCAGCCACCUGACCGUCAGUCCCAACCACCUAGGCAUCCUUGCAGAAAUCCCAUCCAACCUGAAGAUCUUGCUACUUCAGCACUCUCAAGAUGGGUCAGAGCUUUACGGGGCCUUCUAUGAGACGACCAAAGCUCCAGAAAAUCAAAAAGGAAAGACUACGCAAGGUGCCCUGACGUGCUCCGGGGUGGCCAAGGUUUCAGUUUGCCCACAGGCUCUUCUUGUGCUGAAGGAGCAGACUCGGGCCUUUGGUCGAAAGACCAGACGUCCCCUCCUCAAGGAAGACUCUCGGCACAGUGUUGAGGGCAGGACGGAGGCCUCUGUGGAGCAUCAGAAAACGUCAGGAGAAGAAGAUGUAGCAUCUCGCUUCGGUGAAAUUGUACGAGGAAUGGAAGACUACCUGAAUCCACUUCUCUCACAGUUAAACUUCUCUUGCUUAAGGCCGCAGACUGAAUCACGUCCAGUCCCUGACCUGACCAAAAGCAAAGAUAAGGAGGAGAAAGGGAGCCCAGUUAAAUUACCGCCAGAACCAGGGGAGUAUGUGGUGGUACUGGCCGAUGGGAACUUACUGGAGUUACCGUUGGAGUCCUUGUCCAUCCUGCAAGAGGACGGCCUGAGUUCUGUGUCACGGGACUUCUCCCUGCAGCUUCUCCACAGUCGCCUCAGUAGAGAAGAACCACCGAAAGUUGAAAGUGACAACAAAAAGGAGACCAAAGGUGGCAAAGGAACUAAGGGGAAGGGAGAUCAAAGCCAAGCCAUCAAAGCCAUACCUGCCAAUCACGCGCCGCCUCCGAACACCUUCCCAGUGGACGCACGUAACUUCAAAUACGUCGUCGACCCUUACAAUGAAGGACACUUCGGAGGAACCAGUCUGAGCAAGAGCAUGAGUGAGAUUUUGGAAACCCACAGCCAGCACUGCACCCAUUUGUGGGAGGGCUUCAUGGGCAGCAAACAAACUCCCAGUCUGUCUGAGGUGGAGCAGCUGCUGUGCCGGUGCAGUGCUUUUAUUUACCUGGGGAUGGAGCGCUUCAUGGCGAACAUACCACCUGCCAAACUGGCAGCCCUCAAUCUGUCAGAUUGCCGCCUGGCACUGCUCUUUGACCGGGUCCAGAACAAUGCCAGCGUUCGCCGCCGCUCAAACCCCGACGCGCACGUGAGCGCGGGGCAGUUUGAGCCGGACGACCCUUCACAGACUGCGCUGCUGCUGAGUUUGUGUGGUGUUGGUUGUAUUGUCCUCAACCAGUGGGACAGCAACCUUCAACAGAACACACAUAAUAUGGCCACGCUUCUCAACAAUAUCCUAAAAGUGGGACAGACUUCUGGCCAAAGCGUCCACGCGUUGAGGAAAAAGGGCGGCUCAGAGACACUACACCACAAGGUCACAGGAUUAUCUGAUCAAGUGGACGAGUCAGAGUCAAAGGACGACGGCGAUCACCACAAAACAGCUUUUACGCCGUCGGCCUUCACCUGCGUGCUGUAUGGACUCCCCAACAUCAUUGUCACAUAAUGGACUGGAUACCUUCAAUGUCUCCCACUUACAGUUCAAGAUGAUUACGAGCAUAGACUCCAUUCAACUCUGGUAUAUUACUAUAAAAAGGUAAUGAUUGAUUAUUUAUUUACACACCACUGAGGAUUCAGGUAGUUAUUUUAAACUUCCACAGC